AUGCGGGCUGGGCCAGCGGUCCUCCUCCUCGGCCUGGGCCUGGGCCUGGGCGGCCUCCCACCGGCUCCGGCUCCGGCUCCGGCUCCGCGCCAGUCCAGCACCACCGGCCCCGGGUGGCCGGCCCCGCCGUGCGGCGACCUCCUCAGAGGCGCCCCGAGUCUGAGCGACCGCGGAGGCCUCGCCCGCCUCCGCCUGCGACGCCUCCCUGCCCCUGGGGGCGGCGCCCUCCUGAGCGGCAGCCGCGGCCUCGACUUCUCCUGUGCCCGGGGGCGCGCGGCCGCGCCUGGCUGGUACCGCCUCAGCGUGCGGGUCCGGCUCCGCGCCCGUCGCCGCCUGCAGGGACUCGCGGCGCCGGCGCACGUCGACCUGCACCUGGCGGCGCCCGGGGGCCGCCUGGCCCUGGCCUGGUUCCUGUUGCUGCCGCUGCCGCUGAGGCGCCCGCUGGGGCCCCUGGCCUGGACCUUCCAGCUGGGGCUGCUGGGGCCUGGGGACGCCCGCCCGGCCCGCCACGCCGCCCGGGCCCAGCGCUUUAAGCCUCGCUUCCUGCCUGCGCUGCCGCGCCCCUACACCGGCUUUGUGGCGCAAACGCGGUAUCCCGUGAAUUCGUCCAACCAAAGCGCCAUGGAGUCUUCCGUGUCCUGUCAGACGGCUCCCUGCGUAAUCCAUGAGGUGAGGAUCAACAGGAACGCAGGUGUUACUGCUGUGCGCUUGACCAGGAGUGAAGGGGACGCCCUCAACGCCACCGUCAACAUGCACUGCCCAAUCUUCCAAACCCUCACCCAAAGAUGGCUGGUGUUCUCGGUGCCCGCGGUGGGCGAUGUGCCCGACUGGAAUCAGCCUUUGGAUGUGCGUCACUUGCCAAUAGGAAGCCGCCUGAAUAUCAUCCACAUCCCCCCUGCAUCCCUAUCUUGGGGGGAGUACUUGUUUAAUUUCUCAGUGACCAUCCUAACACGGGAUCCCACAGUUCCUCAGCUCUAUGACUCGGACUCCAUCUAUGUCUCGAUAGUGCGAAGCCCCCUGGUCGCAGUUCUUGGUGGAGAUGCCAACAUCACAGCUAAUUAUACAGAUGAGGUGAUUCUGGAUGGAAGCAUGUCCUCUGACCCGGAAGAAAACAACAAAUUGCAGGGGCUCCGUUUUAUCUGGUACUGUACCACAAAUAAAAAAAACUACGAAGGAGAUCAGAUACAAGUGGCAAGCAAGGACGUGUGUCACCCGGACCAGGCUGAUCUGAGGUGGCCACAGGCUUCUAACCCUGUGCUAACCCUUUCCCCAGGAACGCUUCAAGGGGGCCGUGCAUAUUUCUUCAGAAUGGCGGUACAGAAGGGUGGCCGAAGAGCAUUUUCGGAUAAAACGGUAAAUGUGCUCCAGAGACCACCUCCUUUAGCACACAUUUCAUGUAUUGAGAAUUGUGGCAGCAAGUUAAUUGUAUCAGAUCGGUUUUCUUUGUACCUAAAUUGCACGGACUGUGUAAGCAGUGAUUUCUAUAACUGGUCAAUUGUGUCUGAGUCAGGAGCUGAGAUGCCACUUGAUUGGGCGGGGCAAACUGUAACAGGGAGAAAUGGUGCUUAUUUGUCUGCAAAAGCUUUUGCUUUCAGUCAUCUUUUGGAAGGGAAUUACUGGGUUUCUGUGCAAGUAACGAGUUGGGGUGGGAAGACCCUGGAAUUCAAGCAUCCCAUUAUUCUUAACCGUAGCCCUCAAAUAGGAGAAUGCACAGUGAACCCAGCUAAAGGAAUUGCAUUUGUUACUAAAUUUGUUGUCCGGUGUAGCAAUUUCACAGAUAAGCACAUCCCUCUUACAUAUAAAAUAAUAGUUUCUGAUUUGAACGGCAUUGCAGAAAUCAGUUCAGUAAAAGAGAACACCUUGGGGCCCAUCUUGCACUUUGGGAGGGACUUUACCACACCCCCUUCCUUUCUCCCUGUUGGUAUGUCAGCUGAUGGUUACAAAUUGAAGAUAUUUGUUCAGGUUUAUGACUCUCUAGGAGCUUUUUCUCAGGUGACUUUGGGUGCCACUGUAGAGCCUCCUACUAGUAAAAACUCAUCCAAGAUGGUGUUGGAUCAGUUACUCAAUUCUGCCAUGGGACCAAAUUCAUCACUAUCUGUUCUGCUUCGAGACCAGAAAUUUUUAUUCGCAGGUUACUUAAUGUAUGUAGUGGGUUCCAUUUUGAAUAAUAUGAAAACCGAAUUAAAUCUCUUGGGUGACAAAGCCAGGCUCCGAGAACACCUUGUCAAUCAGUCUUCCAUUCUCCCAGUGAGCACUUUGGAGGAAAUCAACCAGGUAGUCGUGACUGUUACCAAAUUAACCCAGAAAGCCUCUGAAUUCACUCGAACUGCCCAGAAAAGUGCCACAGUGAGGAUGUGGCAAGCAAAUCAAGGCCUACAAGAGUAUCAACGGAAAGAUAAACAUUUUCGCUCUGAACAAAUAGAAAUCAUAGGCACUGGAAUAUUAACAAGUUUGUCUAAUAUUCUGAAACAGAUUGCUCAUCACGAAGUAGUGGAAGAUCCUUUCCACCUAGCAGAAUCACUGGCAGACACUGUACUGGCUUGUAAGGUGCCAGGUAAUGAAACUGCAAUGAAGAGCGCCAGCAUUAACAUGUUUUUGGAGAAAGCUGAGAAGCAGAAUGUGACCCAGGUCUUCAGAAACAAGAAAGACUGCCCAAACUGUUUUCAGGCAACACUCAAUGGGAGCACAGUUCCUGGUCUGCCCGCAAAGGCUGUAGUUUCUACAAUGUUUUGUGAGUUUGCAGACGACCCCUUCCCUUGGUUACAUUAUCCAGAAAAAAUUUCAACCCAGGUGGUUGGUUUCAGAAUGUGGGGAGCCGCCGAAAAUGGGGACGCGAUAGAGAUCACACCCAGUGUAGUGGAAGUGUACCUCAACAGGAAAAACUUGACUUUUGCAGCUUUUAAUCUCACAGUGGGACCCGCGGAGGUCAGCGAGUCCUUGAAGAAGACGACAGGGGGGUUUAGCUUUGAAGUGGACCACAGAGAAGUUACGGAGGUGCUGGUCCACAUUGUGACAGAAGUGACUGUGUUGUUCAAGGUGCUGGUGUAUGCAGGCAGUCGGGUCACCCCCACUGGUCUGGUCACAACCUUCCUCGUGCCUUAUGACAUCCCUCCAAUUGCCAACCAGAGUGACCAGUUUGACCCUGACUGUGCAGUUAAGGAGGCCCGCGUGAUCUGCCUCCCAGCGUCCCUGCUGCAAGUCAUAGCUCAGCAUAGCCAGUCGCCCACAUGUGCCAUAAUCAUGAUGCUGGAGGCACCUCGUUUCGUCCAGAAGCCCAAUGACAAGCUUGUGAAAAUUUCUCUUUUCAGUGCCCACUGCCUGGGUAUGUACCAGAUCCAGAGUGACUGGAGAGAAGAUUACUGUAGCCUCGGUGAGAGGACUACCUGGCAGAGAGUGCACUGUGUCUGCAAGAAAAUGGGGAGGACCAAGCGGCACCUGAGGAUAAGUGAGCUAGCCAACACUGACCUGCGUACUCACUUCCUGACAUCCGAGGUCAUUGUGAUCCCUAAUCCUGUAGAUCUACGGUUAAAGAACAUCAAGAAAAUUACCCAAAACCCUGUGACCCUUUUCACUGUGCUUUUUAUUUUGCUCAUAUAUAUCAUCCUAGCUUUCUGGGCCCUACACAGGGAUGAAAUGGAUGAAUAUCUUCGAGACCAUAUCAUAAUUCUACCUGAUAAUGAUCCUUAUGACAAAAUAUGCUACCUGGUCACUGUUUUUACAGGAAGUCGAUGGGGAUCUGGAACCAGGUCCAAUGUCUUUAUUCAGCUUAUCGGAACAGAGGGUGCCAGUACUACACAUUGUUUAAGCCACCCCAAUUUUACCACUCUGUACCGGGGAAGCAUCAACACUUUCCUUCUAACAACAAAAAGUGACCUGGGGGACAUCCAUUCCAUUCGUGUCUGGCACAACAAUGAAGGUGUAUCACCUAGUUGGUAUUUAAGUCGAAUCAAGGUGGAAAAUCUGUUCAGCAAACACAUCUGGCUUUUCAUGUGCCGCAAGUGGUUUUCUAUUGACACUGGUAUGGACAGGACAUUUCAGGUUACACAACCAGACCAGCCUCUUAGAAAAAGGGACUUCUUCUUGAUUGAUAUUUCUAAGAGGUUAGGGGAAGACCACUUGUGGUUCUCUAUUUUUGCUGGUGUUGCUUCUAAGUCAUUCAACAGGCUCCAAAAAUUGUCCUGUUGUUUAACAUUGUUGCUAAGCACUCUCCUUUGCAAUAUUAUGUUCUUUAAUCUAAAUGAAGAGGAUGAAACAGAGUCAAAAGAGUUGCACUACCUCAGAUCAAUGGCAAUAGGGAUUGAAAGUGCCCUAAUUACAGUCCCUGUACAAUUAUUAAUAACUUUUUUGUUCACGCAUUCUCAGAAGAAACAUCAAGUGGAUCUAGAUAAGGUAGCUCCUCGCAAGCAUCCUAUUAUGUCAGAAGAGAGUGGAUACUGGGAUGAUCGUUUGAACAAGUGGCAUGCUCAUGAGGCUGCUGAGGAAAGCUCCAAGAAGCCUGGAAAGCUCAAAUCCCAGGGGAAGCUGGCACCUCCCAAGGUUUCUGAGAAGGCAACCUUGAAAUCUGUAUCCAGGCAUGAGAAAGAAGGAACCAAGGCCUCAGGGAUCCACACAGCCAACAGAAAUUUCAGUAACAAAAAUGUAGCAGAAAAUCAAGAUGUUCAUAAAGGAGCACCUUCUUCCCAACAAGAUCAUAAGUCCCUUAAAAAAAAGUCACAAAUUGUCCUGCCUUGGUGGUGUGUUUACAUAGCAUGGUUCUUGGUGUUUGCCACUUCCAGCAUAUCUGCCUUCUUUAUCAUCUUCUAUGGACUGACUUAUGGCUACAACAAGUCGAAAGAAUGGCUCUUUGCCUCUUUUUGUUCAUUUUUUGAAUCCAUUUUUGUGGAACAGCCAUCUAAAAUUAUACUGGUGUCAGGAGUCCGAACAAAUAAGCCCAAGUAUUGUAAAAACAUCCCGUGGUCCACCAAGUAUCGUUACAGUCAGAUCAGGCUCACCAGGACAAGGAUGAAUCCAGAUGAGAGGAAGAAACUGCACCAGCACAUCGUUAAAAUCCAAGGGUCCAGGAUGUACCAACCCCUCACAGAAGAUGAAAUCAGAAUAUUCCAAAGGAAGAAGAGGAUCAAGAGGAGGGCCUUCCUGUUUCUGAGUUACAUCCUCAUCCACUUUAUCUUCCUAGUCCUUCUGUUGCUGCUCAUUGUCCUGCUGCGUCACACCGACAGCUUCUACUACAACCAGUUUAUUCGUGAUCGCUUCUCUGUGGACCUGGCUUCUGUGACGAAGCUGGAGGACAUCUACAGGUGGCUCGAGAGCAUGCUGGUGCCUUUGUUCCACAAUGACCAGAAUCCAACAUUUCUUCUUGACAGCUCAUCCAAAAUCCUUGGCCUUCCACUCAUGAGGCAAGUGAGAGCAAAAUCCGGUGAGAAGAUGUGUCUGCCUGCCGCAAACUUCGUGCAGAACAGCAACAUAAAAGAAAUCCGUUGUCGCCCCCAAUACGGCGUUGACCCAGAAGACACAAAAAACUAUUCUAGCUUUUGGAAUGAAGUGACCAAGCGGCAGACAGGCAAGAACGCCACUGGGUUUACUUACAAGCCGCAGGGAAAGCGAUGGGUGUACUAUUCCUAUGGGCUGUUACAUACCUAUGGAGGAGGGGGCUAUGCGUUCUACUUUUUCCCAUCAGAGCAGCUGUUUAAUUCCACAGUGAGGCUCAGAGAACUCCAAGGAAGCAGGUGGCUUGAUGAGAAGACGUGGGCUGUGGUUUUGGAACUAACGACUUUUAAUCCCGAUGUGAACCUGUUCUGUAGCAUUUCUGUCCUGUUUGAGGUCUCUCAGUUAGGAGUCGUCAACACGAGCAUAUCUAUGCACUCGUUCUCACUUGCUGAUUUUGACUGGAAAACUUCAGCAGAAAUUUACUUGUAUGUGGCCAUUCUCAUUUUUUUCUUAGCCUAUAUUAUUGACGAAGUCUACGUCAUUACACAAGAAAGAGCCUCCUACGUGCAAAGUGUGUACAAUCUGCUCAACCUGGCUUUAAAAUGCAUCUUUACUGUGUUGAUUGUGCUGUUUCUUAGGAAGCAUUUCUUGGCCACGGCUGUGACUCAGUUCUACUUGUCGAACCCCGAAGACUUCAUUCCCUUUCAUGCGGUUUCUCAAGUAGAUCACACUAUGAGGAUAAUUUUGGCUUUCCUGUUAUUUCUGACAAUUUUGAAGACCCUCAGAUAUUCCAGAGCCUUCUAUGACGUACGCCUGGCUCAGAAGGCCAUCCAGAUCGCACUUCCCGGCAUCUGCCUCGUGGCACUUUUGGUUUCCAUUUAUUUCUUUAUGUACAUGGCUUUUGGUUACCUCAUAUUCGGUCAGCACGAAUGGAAUUACAGUCACUUGAUUCAUGCCACUCAGACAAUAUACUCCUACUGCAUCUCAGCUUUUCAAAACACUGAGUUUUCCCAUAACCGGGUUCUUGGGGUCCUGUUCCUCUCAUCUUUCAUGCUGGUGAUCAUCUGCAUCUUGAUCAAGUUAUUCCAGGCAGUGAUCCUGUCUGCUUAUGAAGAAAUGAAGCAGCCAGUAUAUGAGGAACCAUCAGAUGAAGUGGAAGCUAUGACCUACCUGUGUCGCAGGCUGAGGACUAUGUGUGGCUUAAUGACCCCCAAAUCGACAGCCAAAGAUGAGCCUGAGUUCUUCACCGACAUGCUAUAUGGGCAGCCUGAGAAGAAGAGCUGGCGGUACUUGGGGCUUAAGACCAGAAACAUCAAUGGGAAGAAGCGGGUAUACCUCGUGGUUUGA